CCUAGAUUUUAACCUAGAUCAAAACCUUGUCAAGGACUAUUGCAAGCGAGAAAUGCAGGUAGUGAAAUUAUCAAUUCAAUUAAAGAAAAUUGAAAGUGUCGGUCUGUGGCGUCGUUUGUCCACUAUAGGUACCCCGCCACUCGGCAGAAGCAGUCACGGCUUUGUUAUUAUCAACAAAAACGGCUAUGUUUUCGGAGGGGAACAUUCUCCGCGAGUACCAAUUGGGAGUACCUUGCACUGCCUAAAUCUAGAAACGCAGGAAUGGAGCGUGUGUCAGCCAAAAAACAAGGAGAACGAACCCAAGCCAAUAAAUGCCGCCGCAGUAGCUAGUAUCAGUGACUGUAUGUAUGUGUUUGGUGGUCGAUCUGGAAUCGGAAUGGGAGAGGGAGAUACGAACGACAUGUACUCAUUCAAUACCUCGACAAAGGAAUGGAGUAAACUUGUGACCAGUGGAGAAGUUCCAGUAGCCAGAAGCUUUCAUUCCAUGACAGCGAUGGGGAACUCGCUCUACGUAUUUGGUGGUUGUUCAGAAAAAGGCAGAUUAAAUGAUUUGCACUGUUUUGAUGUCGCUACCAACCAGUGGAAAAAACAACCAUCGCAUGAUGUGAUUGAAGGCCGUGGUGGUCCAGGCCUGGUAGCCGUCGGUAAAACUCUCUAUGUAGUCGGAGGCUUUGCCGGCAGGGAAAUGAACGAUGUUCAUGCAUUUGAUACCACUUCAAAAACAUGGCAAACUUUGACUUUCCUUACACCACUGCCACCUAGGAGUGUGUUCGGUGUGGUUUCCGAUGGAACCAACAUAAUAGUUGUCGGCGGGGAGGUGGAUCCCUCUGAUAAAGGUCACGAAGGCGCGGGUAAUUUCUCCAAUGAAACAUUUAUUCUUGACACGUCUGCUCCUAAGAACUGGGUCAAGGUUGCUGUACAAGGCGACGUGCCUGAACCACGAGGGUGGUUUGCUGCUGCUUUUGCUGACCAUAAUAAAAAUCUUUACAUUUUUGGAGGUAAUUCUGAAACCAAUUCAAGACUGAAUGAUGCAUACUCAUUUCAACUGACGAACUGAUGUACAACUUUAUUAAAAAUGUACUUGUACUACAAUUCGUACUAUUUACAUGCAAAGUGUAGUCAACUGUGCAGUAUACCGGUAGAACAUUAUUGAUUUUGCUUUUUGCAUUACAAUUUAAUCCCAUGGAAAAAGCAAAUUAACUUGCAGAAAUCUCUUCUCACUAUAUAUCAAUUAAGUAAACUUUCAGGUGAUAAAUAUAUUUUAUAUACUUGUACUCCUGUUGUAAAAUUGCCGUUUUAGUAGCCAUUUCCACCAGUAUAUUAUAGAGUGAGAUAACUAAUAAAAAGUAUUCUUGUUGA